GGGGCCUUCAGCGCGUGGUGGGCGGUACUUGGACAGAGACCACUUUCUCCCAAUUGUGUCCGGGACCCCAAACCCGGGUCGUGAUCCCCCUCUGGCCCGCAGUAUGGCCCGGCACGUGUUUCUAACGGGGCCCCCAGGAAUUGGAAAGACAACCCUGAUCCAGAAAGCCAGUGAGGUUCUGAAGUCCUCCGGCGUGCCGGUCGACGGGUUCUACACGGAAGAGGUCCGGCAGGGCGGGAGAAGAGUGGGGUUCGACGUUGUCACGCUCUCCGGGCUGCGGGGGCCUUUGUCCAGAGUUGGGUCAGAGCCUCCACUGGGCAGACGGGAGUGCCGAGUUGGGCAGUACGUGGUGGAUCUGCCGGCCUUUGAGCAGCUGGCGCUCCCGGUCCUGAGGAAUCUCUCUUCCGGGCAGAUACAAAUCCAUCUGCUCAGACGUUCAAAAGGCAAGCGGAAUGCUGCAAAUGAAAUCCCAGGCAGGUUCCUGUGGCGGCCCAGGCUGCAGAGUGUGUGUCAUCGACGAGGUUGGGAAGAUGGAGCUCUUCAGUCAGCCCUUCAUCCAGGCGGUUCGCCAGACGCUGUCCGCCCCGGGCACCGUGGUCCUCGGCACCAUCCCCGUCCCCAAAGGGAAGCCGCUGGCCCUGGUGGAGGAGAUCCGGAGCAGAGCAGAUGUGCGGGUGUUCAGUGUCACCAAGGAGAACAGGAACCACCUCUUGCCGGACAUCGUGACAUGUGUGCAGAGUGGCCGGCAGUGAAGGUGAUCCGGUCGCCGUGCUGCUGCACCCCUGCACGUGAAGGAACGCACCGCCCCAGAGCGGCCUUCUGGGGGCCGGCCCGCCGAGACCCGUGCCUUCCGGUCUCUGGAGCCGUGUGGCCUCGGCGAGCAAGCCUGACAGCUGCUUUCCGUGAAGUGUUUAAAAGAGCAAAUCAGCCGUGAUGCCGGAUCGACUCUACGAGACUAAUCAUCCAUUGUGGCUUAUUUAUGCCGAGAGUUUUCUGUUUGUUUCCUCUUGCAGUUGUGCGUGUGAUUUGGGUAAAUCAUGAAAUGGGACAUGGCUCUCGGGCACCAGAUGGGGCUCGCCCCCGUGGAAGUCUGCGAAUGCGUUGGGGGCGGGGGAGCUCCCGGCCUCGUCAGCUCUGCGGGCCGUGAGCGGCGGGUCCCUGCCCAGGUGCCCUGCCGCCCUGUGCGGCGGGAAGUGAUGACAGUUGUUUGAUUUCUGAAAAUUAUUGUUUCAAAAGAAAACGAUUUCAGCCCCCCCAUCCCUUACUGUUUGUCUGCUCGUUACUUAAUAAAAUAAAGAUGAAGGUGAUGGCUGGA